UCUGGAAAGGAUUUUAAUUACAUAUCCCGAUAACCGUGACUUUGUAAAAUGAUAUAAUAAUAAUUGAAAUUAUAUAAUCAAAUCUAUAUUAAUUAUCGGUAGUAGGUACAGUUAAUACUGUUACGUUUAUUUUACAAUUCUGUAACGAAAGAAAUAAUUUUGUCUCAAACUGAACAAUAUAUACAGUGUUAUUUUUCUUAUUUAGAAUAGUUUUAAUAUAUAAUAUAUUUAAUUAUAAAAUAAUAAAAAAAUGUAUUCUGUACAUUUUUCAGAAUGUUAACAUUUUUGCUUUUAACUUCGCGCGGUUUAGUUAAUUAUUAAAUUAAUAAAAGUGAAAGUUAAUAAUAAUAAAUUAUACAUUAACAAUAAGUAAUAAUUAAAAAUCAAGUUUAUGAAUCAAAAUCCAGAAAAAGUUGGACAAUACGCGGUGAAUUCUUUGCUUUUUGCUCGUGCCCGUGUAGUAGGCUACACAAUGAUCAUAAGAUCUGGCCCCGAUUUGGGCCAUGGUUAAAUUUCUACACGGGUGUCCCUCGUGUAGUUUUCUCAUUGUUCUUCACCUCUAUUUUCAUUAUUUUACAUGCAAAUAUUUCUAUUUUUAUGUUCUGACAGUUGGCUAUGCCUCAAGUCAUUUAAGAAGAAGAAGAAGAAGAAUAUUUUUAUUUGGGUAAAACUUUUGAAUUUAAUUUAUUCUUCCUUGAGAGUUAUGGGAAUAUUUGAUAUUUGUUAAAAUAGUUGCAAAAAGGUAUCAAAUUAUACGAAUGGUGUACAGCAGUAAAAGUUAGGUUAGUUUUUCGGAGUUCUAUUGCAAAUUUUUUGUGAAAAGGAUAAAGUACAAAAACUUUUUUUUAGUUUAUUAGUUUAUUUUGCACGUCUCUCAUUAUGUAAAUCGAAAAUGAAUAGCUUGAAGUACCUAUGUGUUGACAACUUUAACAAAACUGGAAUUCAACAGGGAAAAUGGUCUCCAAUUUCUACAAAAAAUUCCACUCGGAUUCAGAACACUGCAAUGAACUAUACAACACUUAAAUAGCGGGAACCACGACUAUUGUGUCCACCGUUCCAGAUCCAGAAUUCGUCGAUGAGAUCGGAAAUAUAACAGUUCCAGCUGGACGAAGUGUAAAGUUGGGAUGUACAGUGAAAGACUUGGGAACAUACAAAGUGGCUUGGAUGCUCUUCGAUCAGAGUGCUAUUUUGACGGUACACAACCACGUUAUUACGAGGAACCCAAGGAUAGCCGUGUCACACGAUAAGCACAGGACGUGGUAUCUUCAUAUCAACGAUGUGCAAGAGGACGACAAGGGAAAAUACAUGUGCCAGAUUAACACUGUCACUGCCAAAACGCAAUAUGGUUAUUUACACGUUGUAGUGCCACCCAAUAUUGACGAUUCGCAAAGCUCGUCCGAUGCUAUUGUCCGAGAAGGCUCAAAUGUCUCACUCACUUGUAAAGCAACUGGAAGUCCAAUACCCAGCAUUCGUUGGAAACGGGAAGAUGGUACAAAAAUUGCGAUCAACAAAAGUUUAUCAGUGUCCGAAUGGGAUGGAAACACUUUAGAAAUGGCCCGGAUAUCCAGGUUAGACAUGGGAGCUUAUCUCUGCAUAGCCAGUAAUGGAAUACCUCCAACUGUGAGCAAGCAGAUCAAAGUAUCAGUUGACUUCCCGCCGAUGCUAUCUAUACCACAUCAAUUGGUCGGUGUGCCCUUAGGAUAUUCAGUGACUUUGGAAUGUCACACGGAGGCGCAUCCGACUUCUUUAAAUUACUGGACUCGCGAAGACGGCCCCAUGAUACACGAGAAUAAAAAGUACAAAGUCACGUCCACUCCUGAGAAACCCCCGUACAAAACGAAUAUGACAUUGACUAUUUUCGAUAUACAGAUGUCAGAUUAUGGAAGCUACAAUUGUAUAGCAAAAAAUCCGCGAGGAGAGACAGAUGGUACAAUUCGUAUUUAUGAGUCGCCUCCUCCAAGUACCAGUCCAAGUCCGCCCACUACUGAACUCGCAAAAAAGGAAUGGGAGGUUCUUACAGAAAUGAAUAAUUCUGUUUAUGGAAAUCCCAGCUCGUUGACAAUUCAAAAUGAUAAAAAGAAAGUCAGCAAGUCGCAAUCUAACUUAAACGACAUUGGAAAAUCUGAACAGAAAUCUAAUGAAUUGGAGAGGAAGCGAAAAAAUAAAUGGGACCCCGAGACUGCUGGUGCUGAGAAAUUGACAACGACUGGAAUUUUUAUUGUACUGACACUACUCAUUCUCCGGCUCAACCAGUAGAAAACUGUGUCACCAAAAAAAAGAGUUACAAUUUUAAAUAUAAUUAUAAACUGUAAUUUUAAAGAAAAAUAUAAAGAGAAUGGAAAAUUAAAAAGAAAACGAAAGACUGACAGGAGUAUUUAGUGCUAUUCAUUACAGUUUAUAAAUAAAUCGUGCCAACAAAUGGAUUUCGUGAUACCAAUUGUGGACACUUGCAAAUAAUUAUUUGAAAUAAAUAAAACGAAUGUAUGUUUGUGUGUAAAUGAAAAAAAGUGAUAAAAUGAAAACAAAUAAUUAAUAAAUGAUUGAAUAUUUGCAAAAGUGCAACGACUGUAGCCUUUAAUGUAAUAUAUUUCACAAAACUUGUGUCACUGCUAAAAGGAGAAAAUGUAAGAAAAAUGAAAAAGUGCGUGAGAUUGUUUAUAUAUGAGCAAUGAUAUUUAUUAAUCUGAGCUUUUCAUGUCGAUCUGCGGCAAAACAACUAGGUCACUUAGAAAUAAAGCUCUCCAAUAUUUUAUCAGUAUAAAAUGU